GCCCCGCCCGCCGCCCUCACGAUGGCGGACGCCGCUCGGCGCGUGAACUACCUGGCUGGCUUCUCUUGCCCGCUCGGGGGCCUGGCAGCGGGCAAGCCCCGCGUGCUGUGCCACGAGGCGGAGGUCUUCGUGUCCACCGGCAGCGAGUUCGUCUACGUGUACGACCAGGAGGGCGGGCUGCUGACCGCCGUGUACCAGUUUCCGGACCAGGUGUGGCACCUGCAGCUGCUGGCCCUCCGCAGGGCGCUCUACGUGCUGUGCGCCCGGAAGGGCGUCUACUGCCUGUCGGUGGAGCCCGGGAGCCGCGCCGCCAGCCAGCCCCGCGAGGACGGGCGCGGUGGGGAGCUCCCCUACCCCGUCGUCCCUGUGGGCCCCGAGGCCUGUGUUCUCCCGGACCCGGAGCUCUGUGCCUUCGCCGCGCUGGAUGACGUGCUGGUCACCCUGGCGCAGGGCCCCGCCCAGUGGAAGAUGCAGCUGUUUGAGCGCCCUGGCCCCGGGGAGGACUCCCUGCCGGCGGGCCUGAUUGGAGAGGUGGAGUUGUCCACCUGCAACCCCCCAGGUGGGGUCCCGGAGAAGCCUGCGGCUCCCCGCUUCCUGCCGGUGCUGUGCUGCGCCUCCCCACCGGGCGCCAGGGGUCCUCACGGGUGCCCCCAGGGCUGCGGGGGCUUCGUGCUGAAGGAAGCUCUCUUUGGGCUACUCUUUGGAGCCGAUGCCACCCUCUUGGAGUCACCCGUGAUCCUCUGUGGCCUUCCGGAUGGCCAGCUCUGCUGUGUGGUCCUCAAGGCCCUGGUUACCUCCAGGUUGGCCCCUGGUGACCCAAAAGCCCUCGUCAAGAUCCUCCAUCACCUAGAGGAGCCUGUUGUUUUCAUCGGGGCCUUGAAGACAGAGCUCCUGGCCGAGGAGGCCGAGGAAGCGGCACUGCCCGACGAGGCGGUGCGCGCGGACUGCCUGGUGGCCCUUGGUCACGACGGCCGGGCGUUGGCCGUCAGAGCCGGCUGGAACGAGUCUGGGAGUUUGGUGCCAGAGCUUCGAGAGUAUUGGCUCCCAGGGCCCAUGCUCUGUGCCGCUUGUGGCGCGGGUAGCCACAUGUAUCUCAGCACUCCCUCGGGCCUCUGUGUGGUGGACCUGGCUCCAGGAAGUGCCCCCGAGGGCCCCCAGAAGCCCCACACGGACCUGGGAGGCCUGCCCCAUGAACUGUGUCCAGCCAGCUUGAGCAUCUGCAGCGUCCUCGCGCUCUCGGUGUCCCCUGGGACACCUGCAGGGGGCGUGGAGCUCCUGGCCCUGUCUGCCAAAGGCCGCCUGAUGAGCUGCAGCCUGGACCCCAACUCCGAGAAAACCAGCCCGGCCAGGAUGACCGUGGCCAACGCGGGCCGGAAGAUUAAGGAGCUGCUGUCUGGCAUCGGGGACGUCUCUGAGAGGGUGUCUUUCCUGAAGAAGGCCGUGGACCAGCGGAACAAGGCCCUGACGAGCCUCAACGAGGCCAUGAACGUCAGCUGCGCGCUGCUGUCGAGCCGCGAGGGCCCCCGGCCCAUCUCCUGCAGCACCGCCGCCGCGUGGAGCGGCCUGCCGCCGCGGGACGUGCUGACGGCCACCUGCCUGCUGGAGAACAGCAGCUGCUUCAGCCUGGAGCGGGGCUGGACCCUGUGCGUCCAGGUGCUGGCCAGCUCCUCCGCCUUAGACCUGGGGGCGCCCGGCGCGGCCGUCACCUACGCCAUCCCCGUGGACAGGCUGGGCCCCGGCAGCCGGCGGGAGGUGACCCUGCCCCUGGGCCCCAGUGAGAGCGGCGAGUUUGAGCUGCCCGUGACCGUGUCCUGCACGCUCUUCUACAGCCUCCGAGAGGUGGUCGGCGGGGCCCUGGCCCCCCCGGACCCCCUGGAGGGGCCCCACCCCGACCUGCUCCCCGAGCAGGAGGGCAUCUGCCUGCCUCUGAGCCAGCACACGGUGGACAUGCUCCAGUGCCUGCGCUUCCCCGGCCUGGCCUCGCCCGGCGCGCAGGCGCCCUGCCCGCCCGGCCCCGCCCGCGACCCCGUGGACGCCUUCCUGGACACCUGCCAGUCGCCGGGGCGGCGGUGGGGCAGCGCGCCCUCCGGCCCCGCCUCCCUGCGGGCCAAGUACCUGCCCCCGUCCUCGGCGUCCAUCCGGGCGUCGGCCGAGCUGCUCAGGGCCGCCCUGGAGGGGGGGCACGCAGGUGUGCCCCUGUGCAGCGCCACGCUGCAGUGGCUCCUCGCCGGGAACGCCGCCGCGGACGUCAUCCGGGCCCGCGCGCUGUCUUCUGUCCAGGGAGUGGCCCCAGGCGGCACUGACAUCCGCCUCAUCGUCUGCGAGGUGGCCGUGACUGACCUGAGCCCCGCGGGGCCUAUCCAGGCUGUGGAGAUCCAGGUGGAGAGCUCCUCCCUGGCCGACAUGUGCAGGGCGCACCACGCCAUCAUUGGGCGCAUGCAGGCGAUGGUCAUGGAGCAAGCUGCACGGGGCUCCAGCCCGCCGGACCUCCGCAUGCAGUACCUGCACCAGAUCCACGCCAACCACGAGGCCCUGCUGCGGGAGGUGCAGGCGCUGCGAGACCGGCUGUGCACCGAGGACGAGGCCAGCUCCUGCGCCACGGCCCAGCGGCUCCUGCAGGUCUACAAGCAGCUGCGCAACCCCAGCCUCGUCCUGCUCUGACC